GAGGACAUCGAUGCCUUCCUGAUGCAGAUGCCGGCCCUUGCCAGGCCAAAAUCCUUGACUCCCGUGCUGGAUGCGGCUGCGCAGCUGCGGCACGGAGGGGCAGAUGAGGGCGCCUUGGCCGAGUGGCUGUUGAGGCUCAGCUGGUCCAGCCUCCUCCAGGAAGAUGGCCAUGCCCUGGUGGAAGCUUUGUCCGCUGUCCCAGCACGGCCGGAGGCGUCGCCCUGCUCGGCCGCCACCAGCGGUGCAGACGAGGCCUUCCUGGAGCGACUGGAGCGGAGCCUCGAAGGUGUCGAGACGCUGCCGCUGGAGCAGAACGAAUUCAAAUGGGCCGACUUCUUUGCUCGAAACCUGCGCGGGCAGCCUUUGUGCCUCGUGGGGGUGGCAACGCUGUUUCUGGUGGCUGCUGACAUCACUGCCUUUGCUGCUGGUGCAGAGGGUGGCGAGCACAGCCAGCGCGUUGAGCGCGCGCUCCUCUUUGCGCAGGGCCUGUUGCUGCAGCACGUGGAGCAAGCGCCUGCGCUGCGCGACGCUUAUCGUCAGGACCUCCUGAGGAGCCCAUGGCCCAUCUGGCGGCUGAUGAGAAGCAUCCAGCAAGAGCUGGAAGAAGGCCGGCGCUACCAAGCGCCCGGGCCUGUUGGGCCUGGCGGAUCGCUUGGGGCCGUCGAAGAGGAUUCCCUGUACCUCACCGUCAUCGUGCAGUGCCGGAACGACGACUACGGGGGGAACAUGCUGCUGCGGCUGCACCGCAUGCUGGCCACCACCAGCCGCAUGCUGCACUCCGCGCAGGUGCCCUCGGAGAUCAUCGUCGUGGAGUGGAAUCCAGUCUUUGGAGCCCCGCUCAUGCACGAGGAGAUCACCCGGGAACCCGGCGCGGAAUCGGUGCCCAUCCGAAUCAUUCAAGUGCCGACGACGGUGCACAUGUCGAUGCCCCAUGCCAAGGCGCACCCCAUUUUCGAGCACACUGCCGAGAACGUUGCCUUCAGAAGAGCCAAAGGGAAGUUCAUUUUGAAGACCAACAUUGAUAACAUUUUGAGCCCAGACACCGUUCUCUUCAUAUCUCGACAGCAGCUGGAGCCGUUUGUGGUGUACCGAGCGACGUAUAUGGAGUACGACGUCACCCGCCCGGAGACAGAAGGCCUGGCGGCGGACGCACUGAUCGAAUGGCUGUUUUCACGGGAGGAUUUGAUCACCAAUAUGAACCUGGAGAUGGCGGACCUUCGGGCAAAGUAUCCCGAGGACGCGGCCGUGUGCAUGUCGGGCCACCGGCCAGAAGAAAAGGACAUGAAGCGACCUUUCUACUGGCCGGGGAGCGGGGAUUUCGUUCUCGCCAGCAAGCAACUGAUCCUCGCUGUGCGGGGUUACCCGGAGGUGGCGCAGAACUGGCAGACAGACGACCUGAUCCACUGCCGUCUGCGCGCCUUUGGUGCGCGGCAAGUGGUGUUGCAGCCGCCGUGCCUCACAGUCCACCAGAAUCACCAACGUAUUAAUAGAGUUCGUUCAAGCACCCGCUGGGUCAUCACCGACAAGAACUUCCAAGAGGUGUGCGACAACCCCUUUGUGCCGCUGAAGACAGAAAUCGGCUUGGACGGCAGCUGGGGCUUUGCCGACCAAAGCUUCGAAGAGUGGCGCGUUUGA